GCAGCCCUGCAGAGUCGAAGCAAGCGCAACAGCCCGAAGAGCGGCAGCAGCGACUUCGCCGCUGUGCAACUUUGAUGACAGGAUCUUUGGAGCCGUCGGUGAGCGCGUUGCAAGUGCGUCGCUGGUGAACAUUCGGGGGAGUUCCUUCUCAGCCCGCGGAUCGCAAUGAAGCUCCUGUUUUGCGUGGCGGCAGUCGUCGUGGCGGUGAGAUCUACCCACGCAGGGGACAAUUCUAACGAGCUGUGUUCCGGUUUGGACUGCAGCGGAGGAUGCAGGUGCAACCCGGAAAAGGGAGCCAGGGGUCAUCCGGGGCCUCUCGGCGAGGUCGGGCAGAGUGGGGCAGAGGGGCCCCGCGGCAGCCCCGGGCCCGUAGCGCCCAAAGGUGAAAAGGGCCACAUUGGCUUGAAAGGACCAUCCGGCCCCAAAGGAGACAAAGGACCAAUGGGAGUACCUGGAUUUCAAGGAAACGAUGGCGUCCUUGGUCACACCGGUCAGCAGGGUGGCAGAGGACCACCGGGACUGGACGGCUGUAACGGGACCAGAGGGGAGCCCGGGUAUCCUGGCUACGGCACCGGCGGCCCCGGGCAACCUGGUUUUGCAGGACCCAUCGGGCCGAAGGGUCAGAAAGGAGAACCUCGAUACAUCACUGAUGGCGGCGUCACCCGUUUACCUGGCCUUCCAGGAGAAGACGGUCGCCCCGGCACCAGAGGUCCCGAUGGUCCAGUUGGGUUUGCUGGUCCACCCGGGCCGGAAGGAUAUCCCGGCCCACCCGGUCCUCCCGGUUCACCAGGGCCGAUGGGGAGUCGUAGUGAUGGAUAUCAAGGCGAGAAGGGAGACAAGGGCGACUUGGGUCUUCCGGGACCGAGUGGUACUCCAGGUGACGGAUCUCUACGAAGUGAACAAACCCUCACGAUCUACAAAGGAGAUAAGGGUGAACCUGGACCGAAGGGGAUUCGUGGAUUCGCUGGAAACCGUGGGCCUCCUAACCCUUUUGGUUUCCGCGGGGAAUUUGGAGAGAAAGGAAUACCCGGAUACCCAGGGGCGAGAGGUCCUCCGGGUUUUAACGGACCUCCCGGCCUGCCUGGACAACAGGGAUACAGAGGGACUCCAGGAUUCCCCGGGCAACCAGGAUACGGCGGACCCAAGGGAGACCAGGGAGAACCCGGACUCCCAGGACCUCCCGCUUUUGUCAGCGGUCCAGGCACUUCUGUUCAAGGACCGCCAGGUGAACCAGGCUUUAACGGGCUUCCUGGUGCACCCGGUGACCAAGGACCUCCCGGGUUUCCAGGCCCACCAGGUCCUCCGGGAUUUGGGGGGUUUGGUUCCGAUCGUCCCGCCAGCUCGGGUUUCCCAGGGACCCCGGGCCCGAAGGGGGAGAAAGGUAGCCCCGGCGUGCCUGGCUACGGCACAGAAGGACUCCCGGGCUCCCCUGGACUUCCAGGGAUUCCAGGGCCUCCUGGACCUCAGGGCCUCUCCAGCCGACCCGUUGAGCCCUGCGUCAUCUAUCACGAGGGGGAAAAGCCCACUGUUUCACCCGGCGCGAGCGUUCCGGGGGUCCCGGGGCUGCCCGGUCCCCGGGGACCGUCGGGAGAGCGAGGAUAUAAAGGUUUCAGAGGGGAUCCCGGUGACUGCAACUGUAUCGGCGGCGGCUCCUCGGGGCUGCCCGGGCCACCCGGAUCUCCCGGUGCCAACGGCAGCCCCGGCUUCACUGGGCCAAAGGGGGAGUCUGGUGACGCGGGCUCACCUGGCUUCGGUGGCCUUCAGGGACCUCCUGGCCGCGCCGGCGAACGUGGUUUCCUUGGCCGCAAGGGAGAAAAGGGGGUGUCUUACUACACCACUUUCGGUUUCGGAGUGAAGGGAGAGCUCGGAGCUACUGGGCCCAGAGGACCCACCGGAGAAACGGGUACACCGGGCAGGGACGGAUCGCCGGGCUUCCCUGGACCCCCCGGUCCCCCAGGGGAUGCCGGCAUUGGCACGCGCGGAGACAGAGGUUUCCCGGGCUUCCCGGGAUCCAAGGGGCGGCCCGGAGGGCCCGGCGAGCCCGGCGCCGGCUUUGCCGGCACGCCUGGUUUCCGAGGCGAGCCCGGAGAACCCGGUUUUUCCGGACUGCCGGGGCCACCAGGUUUGCCUGGACCAAGAGGCGAAAACAGCUGUGGAGAGGUUAUUGACAGCGAAGAGGGAACGGGCCAAGUGCUUCCCUGCACCAUCCCCGGUGAGGUCGGACUGCCCGGUUUUCCCGGUGUACCUGGACGACCAGGUCCCAAAGGUCAGCCGGGCUUGCCGGGAGGCCCUGGACGUCCAGGAUUUGACGGCGCAAAAGGAGAGAGAGGAGAGCCCGGCUUUGGAGGGCAGCCCGGACCGCAAGGUUUCCCGGGACCCAGAGGGGACGGCGGAGUUCCCGGUAGCCCGGGACAAAGUUUUGACGGGAGCAGGGGGAAGGACGGUGUCCCGGGACGCCCUGGAGCCAAAGGCCAGCCUGGAGAAGUCCUGGGAGCCACAGCGGGGCCUCCGGGACGAGAUGGUUUUCCCGGAGUCCCCGGAGACAAGGGCCAGCCCGGGACACCGGGAGGGGCCGGACCACCCGGUCUUAACGGACGCUCGGGUAUUCCUGGGCGUCAGGGCGAACGAGGAGUUGAUGGUUUUCCUGGGCUCCCCGGUCCUCCUGGACUCCCAGGCGAUCCAACCGUCGAAGUCCCCGGCCCGCCUGGAAUCGAUGGGAGCAAUGGCCCCAGAGGCUCACCAGGUUUUCCUGGUCGAAAAGGAGACAGAGGAGACCCCGGUUUCCCAGGACCUGCUGGUAUGAAGGGCACCCCAGGACUACCGGGUACCCCUGGCUCACCGGGGUCGAGGGGAGCACCCGGGCCUCCGGGACCAGGAACAAGGGUGGGAUUACCGGGAAUACCAGGAAGGAAGGGUGAGCGAGGUUUCCCAGGGUUGACGGGCUUCCCCGGACAACCGGGACGUCCUGGAAAUCCAGGAUUUCCUGGGGGUAAAGGAGUGCCCGGGGGGCCUGGAAGAGAUGGACUUUCUGGGGGGCCCGGCUACACUGGACAGAAAGGUGAGCCAGGGUUACCCGGUCCCGCCGGCCCGCCCGGCCCUCCGGUUUCAGUUGUGUCUGGAGGCAGAGGAGACCCCGGAACCCCUGGAGGCAGUGGCCUUCCUGGCUUCACCGGACCAAGAGGUGACAAAGGGCUUCCAGGCCAGCCGGGUCGUCAGGGUCUGCCUGGACUUCCGGGUUUUGCCGAACAGAGUAAAGGGCAGCCGGGACAACCUGGUUUCCCAGGGCAGCCGGGAUUUCCCGGCGGCCCAGGUCCUAAAGGUGAAGCUGGAAUCCUGGGAUUCCCUGGCAUGUCUGGACCAAGGGGAGACGACGGCUUACCUGGUAUCCCUGGCAAUCCUGGACAGCCUGGUCGUCCCGGUACCAAGGGUCAGCCUGGAGAGUCUUUUGGCUUUCCAGGAGCGCCAGGCUUUAAAGGGCAGCCCGGAGAUUCAGGAUUUCCAGGUGGUCGUGGCAAUAAUGGCGCUCCUGGUGAUGACGGCUUCCCAGGAAGUCCUGGUUUCCCUGGAGUCAAGGGAGGACCUGGAGAAGCUGGAUUGCCUGGAAUAAUGGGUUCACCUGGUUACCCCGGACCAAAAGGUCAGUCUGGUUUCCCCGGACCAAGAGCGCCAGAUGGAACCCCUGGUUCGCCCGGAGGCCCAGGAGGUCCCGGACCUAAAGGUCUUCCUGGAUCUCCUGGUUUGGACGGCCUUAACGGCCUCCGUGGACCUAAAGGCCUUCCUGGGACACCUGGGGCGAGUGGGAGAGCGCGCCAGGGUGCCCCUGGUAUUCCGGGCUUGAAGGGCGAAAGAGGAGUCUCCUACCCAGGAACACCAGGUUUCCCAGGACAGAAGGGAGAGAGAGGAGAGUCAGGUGGUCCUGGACUCACAGGAUUUCCGGGUCGACCUGGACUCCCCGGUAGGUCAGUUGGCUCAGACAUCCCAGGGCCAUUGGGAGAUCCCGGCCUCCCUGGACUGGAUGGAGAGUUCGGUUUGACCGGUCCUCCGGGCCCUCCUGGGCCACCCGGCCCUGGCACAGACCAGGGAGAAAGGGGUGAUCCUGGGCUCCCGGGUUACCCUGGAACCCCUGGCAGGAAAGGAGAACCAGGGAUCCCCGGAGGCCCCGGAAUCUCGGGCAGUCCUGGCUUCAAAGGACUACAAGGGGACACUGGAUUCAGCGGCGGUCCAGGUCUUAAGGGUUUUUCUGGUGACCCAGGCUAUUACGGAAGCAAAGGAGCCAAGGGCUUCCGAGGCCCUGCGGGUCCGAAGGGUCGCCCCGGUAUCACACUCCCCGGGACAUUUCAGCAGUUUGAGCGACCCUUCGGAGACGGCGGUCCUCCAGGUGGACCUGGACCCCGUGGUUUCUCUGGAGUGCCCGGUCAGCCUGGGAUGCCUGGACAUCCAGGUUCAAAGGGACGUCCCGGUUCUGUUGGUAAACUGGGCCGCACUGGUUCUGUUGGUCUGCCUGGACCAGUUGGUGACCCGGGUCCUCCGGGUUUCCCUGGACCCACUGGAGAACAAGGCCUUCCCGGUACCGUCGGUCGGCCCGGCGGUCCCGGCUCCGUGGGGCGCAGCAUCAGUAUCGGCUACACUCUGGUGAAGCACAGCCAAAACGUGCAGGUUCCAAUGUGUCCUCAGGGCAUGGCCAAGCUGUGGGACGGUUACAGCUUGCUUUACGUGGAGGGUCAAGAGAAGGCACACAACCAGGACCUCGGUCAGCCGGGGUCCUGCCUACCCAGGUUCAGCACCAUCCCCUUCCUCUACUGCUCCCCCAACGAAGUGUGCUACUACGCCAGCCGCAAUGACAAAUCUUACUGGCUCUCCACCACCGCGCCCAUCCCCAUGAUGCCCGUGGCCCAGAUUCAGAUUCGGCCUUACAUCAGCAGGUGUUCGGUGUGCGAGGCGCCGUCUCAGGCGGUGGCAGUCCACAGUCAGGACUUGACCAUUCCUAAUUGCCCCCCUGGCUGGAGGAGUCUCUGGAUAGGCUACUCCUUCCUCAUGCACACAGCGGCCGGGGCCGAAGGCGGCGGCCAGUCCCUGGUGUCCCCCGGCUCGUGCCUGGAAGAUUUCCGGGCGACGCCGUUCAUUGAGUGCAACGGCGCCAAAGGGACGUGCCAUUACUUCGGCAACAAGUACAGCUUCUGGCUGACCACGGUGGAUCCCAACGGCGAGUUUGUCUACUCGCCGGCGCAGGAGACCCUGAAGGGAGGCCAGGAGCGCUCCAAAGUCAGCCGCUGCCAAGUGUGCAGCAAGGUCUUGUAGGAAGAGGAGACGAUCGGAAUUGACGAGGUGAUGGGCAAAGAAAUCUUUCAAAGCAAAGAACAUGUGACUGAAAAUGAGCCACCUCUGCUUCAAAAUAGUUUUUGUCAUCCCCUUUCGGAAUGAAUGGCUUAUCGGGGGGGUGAAAUGAUGAGAGAGAAGGGUUGUGCUCUCCUCCAGAAUAUCACUGACAAAGGUGCUACGUGUUUCGUGUUAUAUAUUGUCUUUGCUCCUCUUGCCGUUGUUCGGGGGCGGAAACCAUUCUCGGCUACCUCAGAGCGUGCCGACGUUUCCGCAUUGCGCUGCGCUGUGUUAGCCGCGGGCAUCUGCAUCACUUGUUUGAAUUUGUUUCGCAGCUGAUUUAACUACAGCGCACGUGCACACAAAAAAAACAUUGAAUUAAAAAAAAAAAAAAAAAAAAAACAGCUUGACCCUGAAA